UCGGGGUUUCACUCAUCUGAACAACGAAUAGAGACGACGAAGAACCCUAGAAAGCACUCGGCGAAUCCCUAACACCACCAAACUCCUUCGUUGAAAUCCCUUUCUGGGUUCCAAAACCUCAUUUUCUGAUUCAAUCUCAUGCACUUGAUUGCAAAAGAAUGAUUUUUUCCAGACUAGGCCGCUCUCUCUCGCGAUUGUCUCGCGCCGAAGUCGAAGCUGGUGUUCCUUUGCGUGGCUAUGGAUAUGGGUCUGGGAUUUCGCACAGAACGCUGCCGCGUUCUCCAAUUUCUCAGGGUGAUGGAGGUGGAUUAGGGUAUCUAAGGGGUUAUCUAACUUCAAUUGGAGCGGAGAGUAAUGCUGCGACGAGGGGCCAGUUCAACAAUUGGAGGUUCUUGCUUGCCAAUCCUAGCUUCAGGAGAUUCUUUUCCAGCGAGUCUCCUAAUAAGAAGAAUUAUGAAAACUACUAUCCCAGGGACAAGAAGGAAAUCCCGAAAAGUAGUGGGGACAAGAAAUCAGAAUCAAAAGAUGACUCAAACACAGACGAGCAAGGGAGUUUUCAGGAAAACUUCAUGAGGCAAUUACAGAACUACCUGACUCCUUUAUUAUUUAUUGGAUUGCUGCUCUCAUCAUUUUCUCUUGGUUCUCAUGAACAGAAAGAGAUUAGUUUUCAAGAGUUCAAAAACCAGUUGCUGGAACCUGGUUUAGUUGACCACAUUGUUGUGUCCAACAAAGCAGUUGCAAAAGUUUAUGUGAAGAGCUCCCCACAGAUUAGCAAUCAACCAAAAGAUGAUUUUCAAGGACCAAUAAAAGAUACUCCUGCUAAACAGAUUGGUAGUCAAUAUAAGUAUUUUUUUAACAUUGGCAGUGUUGAAUCAUUUGAAGAGAAAUUGGAGGAAGCCCAAGAAGCACUUGGGAGGGACCCACAUGACUAUAUCCCUGUAACUUAUGCUUCCGAAGUUAAUUGGUUUCAAGAGCUUAUGAAAUUUGCCCCAACAGCUUUGUUCGUGGGUCUCCUUUACUUUAUGGGACGACGAUUACAAGGUGGAUUUAAUAUUGGUGGUGGUGCUGGAAAAGGUAACCGUGGGAUAUUUAACAUUGGAAAAGCUCAAGUGACAAAGAUGGACAAAAACUCCAAAAAUAAGGUAUACUUUAAAGAUGUUGCUGGAUGUGAUGAAGCUAAACAAGAAAUCAUGGAAUUUGUUCACUUCCUUAAAAACCCAAAAAAAUAUGAAGAAUUAGGAGCUAAAAUUCCUAAAGGUGCUCUUCUUGUAGGCCCUCCUGGGACAGGAAAGACCCUUCUUGCAAAGGCAACCGCAGGUGAAUCUGGUGUGCCAUUUUUAUCAAUUUCUGGUUCAGAUUUUAUGGAAAUGUUCGUUGGUGUUGGACCAUCAAGGGUGAGGAGCCUCUUUGCUGAAGCUAGACAGUGUGCUCCUAGCAUAAUUUUCAUAGAUGAAAUUGAUGCAAUUGGUCGGGCAAGAGGCCGUGGGGGAUUCUCUGGAGGGAAUGAUGAGCGUGAAAGUACUCUAAAUCAGUUGCUUGUGGAAAUGGAUGGUUUCGGCACAACCGCGGGUGUUGUUGUCCUUGCUGGAACUAAUAGGCCUGAUAUAUUGGACAAAGCACUGUUGAGGCCUGGACGGUUUGAUCGUCAAAUUACAAUUGACAAACCUGACAUAAAGGGAAGGGAGCAGAUAUUCCGCAUUUAUCUGAAGAAGAUCAAGCUGGACAAUGAACCUUCGUUUUAUUCUGAAAGAUUAGCGGCCCUCACUCCUGGAUUUGCAGGAGCAGACAUUGCCAAUGUUUGUAAUGAGGCUGCUUUAUUUGCUGCCAGAAAUGAGGAGACACAGGUUUCAUUGCAGCAUUUUGAGGCUGCCAUCGAUAGAGUAAUUGGAGGUUUGGAGAAGAAAAACAAGGUAAUCAGUAAACUGGAGCGUAGAACAGUUGCCUUUCAUGAAUCAGGUCAUGCUGUAGCUGGAUGGUUUUUAGAGUAUGCAGAGCCUCUGCUUAAGGUGACCAUUGUGCCUCGUGGAACUGCAGCACUGGGCUUUGCUCAAUAUGUGCCCAAUGAAAACCUUCUAAUGACCAAAGAGCAACUCUUUGACAUGACAUGCAUGACUCUUGGAGGCCGAGCUGCUGAACAGGUUUUGAUCGGAAAGAUCUCUACAGGAGCUCAAAACGACCUGGAAAAGGUUACCAAAAUGACAUAUGCUCAGGUUGCAGUGUAUGGCUUCAGUGAGAAGGUAGGCCUGCUCUCAUUCCCUCCAAGAGAGGAUUCUUUCGAAAUGACAAAGCCCUACAGCAGCAAGACCGGAGACAUCAUCGACACCGAAGUGCGAGAAUGGGUCACAAAAGCAUAUGAUAGAACAGUUCAGCUGAUAACAGAGCACAAAGAACAUGUCACCCAGAUUGCCGAACUUCUUCUCGAGAAGGAAGUCUUGCACCAAGAUGACCUGGUUCGUGUUUUGGGUGAACGACCAUUCAAGCCUGCCGAACCAUCAAACUAUGAUGUCUUUAAGAAAGGAUUCCAACAUCAAGAACCAGUCAAGAGUGAAGAUGAAGGCUCUGAAACUUCAUCUUCACUUGAUGGGCAAGAAGUCAUCCCUACAUAGUUGCUGACUUUGUUCUCUUCUUUGGCUUUGUACGUUAAAUAAAUAAUUACACCC